AGUUGCACAGGUGCUUCCGGCUACAUGUAGAGAGUUUGAAGAAAAUGGGUAAACAGGCCCAGGGCUGCAAGAUGGUGACUUUGUGGCUGGCAGCCCUGCAACUCUGUAACCCUGAACACAUGACUGAGCCAGUCACCUUUUGGGUUCGAGUCAAGGUGGAUGCGGCCAGGGCUGGAGACAAGGAGCUACAGUUAAAGACUCUACGAGACAGCCUGAGUGACUGGGACCCAGAGACCCUGGCCUUCCUGCUGAGGGAGGAACUGCAGGGCUACAAGGCAGUGCGGGCUGACACCGGGCAGGAACGCUUCAAUAUCAUCUGUGACCUGCUGGAGCUGAGCCCCGAGGAGACACCAGCUGGGGCCUGGGCACGAGCCACCCACCUGGUGGAACUGGCUCAGGUGCUCUGCUACCAUGACUUCGCCCAGCAGACUGACUGUUCUGCCCUGGAUGCUGUCCGGGAAGCCCUGCAACUCCUAGAGGCUGUGAGGCCCGAGGGCCAGGCCAGGGAUCGACUUCUGGACGACAAAGCACAGGCCUUGCUGUGGCUCUACAUCUGCACUCUGGAAGCCAAAAUGCAGGAAGGCAUCGAGCGGGAUCGGAGAGCCCAGGCCCCUAGUAACCUGGAGGAAUUUGAAGUCAAUGACCUGAACUAUGAAGAUAAACUCCAGGAAGAUCGUUUCCUGUACAGUAACAUUGCUUUCAACCUGGCUGCAGAUGCUGCUCAGUCCAAAUGUCUGGACCAAGCCCUGGCCCUGUGGAAGGAGGUGCUUACAAAGGAGCAGGCCCCAGCUGUGCGGUGUCUCCAGCAGACGGCAGCCUCACUGCAGAUCCUAGCAGCCCUCUAUCAGCUGGUGGCAAAGCCCCUGCAGGCUCUCGAGGUCCUCCUCCUCCUACGGGUCGUCUCCGAGAGACUAGAGGACCACGCAAAGGAAGCUGGUGCCUCCUGCCACAUCACCCAGCUCCUCCUGACCCUCGGCUGUCCCAGCUACUCUCAGUUAUACCUGGAAGAGGCGGAAUCCAGCCUGAAGCGUCUCGAUCAGUCCACUGACACAUACACGCUCCUUUCCCUGACCUGUGAUCUUCUUCGAAGCCAACUCUACUGGACUCAGCAGAAGGUCACCGAGGGCGUGUCUCUGCUGCUGUCUGUCCUUCAGGAUCCUGCCCUCCAGAAGUCAUCCAAGGCUUGGUACUUGCUGCGUGUCCAGGCCCUGCAACUGGUGGCAGUCUACCUUAGCCUCCCAUCAGACAGCCUCUCGGAUUCCCUAUGGGAGCAGCUCUGUGCCCAAGGCUGGCAGACACCUGAAGUUGCACUCAUAGACUCCCAUAAGCUCCUCCGAAGCGUCAUCCUCCUGCUGAUGGGCCGUGAUGUCCUCUCAGUUCAGAAAGCAGCUGUGGAGACACCGUUCCUGGACUAUGGUGAAAAUCUGGUACAAAAAUGGCAGGUUCUUACAGAGGUUCUGAGCUGCUCUGAGAAGCUGGUCUGCCACCUGGGCCGGCUGGGUAGUGUGAGUGAAGCCAAGGCCUUUUGCUUGGAGGCCCUGAAACUGACAACAAAGCUGCAGAUACCACGCCAGUGUGCCCUGUUCCUGGUGCUGAAGAGUGAGCUGGAGCUGACCCGCAGUGAUGUUGACCUCUGCCAGUCAGACCUGCAGCAGGUUCUGUUCUUGCUGGAAUCUUGCACAGAGUUUGGCGGGCUGGCCCAGCACCCGGACUCUGUGAAAAAGGUCCACUUGCAGAAGGGAAAGCAGCAAGCCCAGGUUCCCUGUCCUCCGCAGCUCCCAGAGGAAGAGCCCUUCUUAAAAGGCCCUGCACUGGAGCUAGUGGCCACAGUGGCCAAGGAGCCUGGCCCCAUAGCACCUUCUACAAACUCCUCCCCGAUCUUGAAAACCAAGCCCCAGCCCAGCCCCAGCUUCCUGUCCCAUUCACCCACCUGUGACUGCUUGCUCUGUGCCAGCCCUGUACUCUCAGCAGUCUGUCUGCGUUGGGUGUUAGUCACAGCAGGGGUGAGGCUGGCCAUGGGCCAUCAGGCCCAGGGAUUGGAUCUGCUGCAGGUUGUGCUGAAGGGUUGCCCUGCAGCCACUAAGCGUCUCACACGAGCUCUCCAAGCUGCCCUGAAUCAUAAAACACCCCUAACCCCCAUCCCAAGCCUUCUGGAUGAGACCUUGGCUCAGGCAUACACACAGCUGGCACUGGAGGGCUUGUGCCAGCCAUCAAACAAGAGCCUGUGGAAGGUUUUGGAGUCAGGGCUGAAGUUUGUAACCUCACGGAUACCCUACCUGGAGCCCUGGCGAGCCAACCUGCUCUUGAUUCAGUCCCUUGCAAAGCUGGCUGGUCUCAGCUGCUAUAUACCCCAGUGUUUUGCAGGCUGCUGGGGCUGGCAGCCACCAUUAAUAAAAAGCCCCCCAGACUCAGAGCCCUCCAAGACGCAGAGCCAAAAACGUCCUGGACGAGGGCGCCAGCAGGUAGCCUCUGCUUCCCUGCGCCUCCGUCUUCCCUCUCAGAAUGGUCUGGAAGGUGGAGGACCGCCCUGCACACCUAAGCCCCCAGGCCGGGUCAGGCAGGCUGGCCCUCGGGUCCCCUUCACCGUGUUUGAGGAAGUCUACUCUACAAAGAACAAGCCUGAAGUUCCCCAGGCCCCCAGGGUGCAACGGCGGGUCCAGACGCGGCUCAAGGUGAAUUUCAGUGACGACAGUGACUUAGAAGACCCUGUUUCAGCCAAGGCACAGCUGGCAAAGGAGCCUAAGAGACGGGGCACAGCUGGCCGGGGCCGGGCAAGGAAGGGCCUGAACUUGAAGACUGAUGCAGUGGUUGCCCCAGGUAGUACCCCGGGGCACCCUAGCCUGAGUGGCAGGAGCCAGCAGGCCAAGAAGGUGGCAUCAAGACAUUGUGAGGAGCAGGGCCCCCAGGACACCCUUUGUGACCAGGCCAGGCUUGGCCCUGAGGUUAUGAGGACUAUCCCUGAGGAGGAACUGACUGGCAACUGGUCAGAAAUGAGCUUUGAAAUCCUGAGGGGCUCUGAUGGGGAAGACUCAGCCUCAGGUGGGAAGGCCCCAGCUCCUGGCCCUGACAUAGCCACAGGAGAACGGGAGCUGCUGAGGCGGGAUUCCAGCAAGGAGGAGCUGCCCACCCUGUGCCCAGACAAGGGGAGUGACAGGGACCUUGGCCUCCGGCUCCCUUCAGCCCCUGCGGCCAUUGGUCUUUCUACCCUGGAUUCCAUCUGUGACUCACUGAGCAUUGCUUUCCGGGGUGUCAGUCACUGUCCUCCUAGUGGGCUCUAUGCCCACAUCUGCCGCUUUCUGGCCUUGUGCCUGGGCCACCGGGAUCCCUAUGCCACUGCCUUCCUUGUCUCCGAGUCUGUCUCCAUCACCUGUCGCCACCAGCUACUCACCUACCUCCACAGACGGCUCAGCAAAGCCCAGAAGCACCGAGGAUCUCUGGAGAUGACAGAACAGCUGCAGGGGCUGAGUCUUCAGGAGAGGCCUGGCGAUGUCCCCCUGACCCGCAUCCAGCACCUCUUUUCCUUCAGGGCGUCAGGAUCUGGCCACUUCCCUCAGCCCGAGAAGGAACGCUUCCAGGACUGCCUGGUUCUCAUCCCCAGUGGAGUGACUGUGUGCGUAUUGGCCGUGGCUACCCUCCAACCUGGAACCAUGGGCAACACCCUUCUGCUGACCCGGCUGGAAAAGGGCAGUCCUCCGGUGACUGUGCAGAUCCCCACUGCCCAGAACAAGCUUCCUCUGAGCUCAGUCUUGAGUGAGUUUGAUGCCAUCCAGAAGGAGCAGAAAGAGAACAGCAGCUGUACUGACAAGCGAGAAUGGUGGACAGGGCGGCUAGAACUGGACCACAGGAUGGAGGCUCUCAUCACCUCCUUAGAGAAGUCUGUGCUGGGCUGCUGGAGGGUGCUGCUGCUACCAUCCAGUGAGGAGCCCGGCCCUGCCCAGGAGGCCUCCCACCUGCAAGAGCAGCUGCAGAAAUGUGGCUGGAAAUAUCCUGACUCUACUCUGUUGAAAAUCGUGCUCAGCAGUGCCAGUACCCUUAGCCCUCAGGACAUUCAGACCCUGGCCUACGGGCUGUGCCCAACCCAGCCAGAGCGAGCUCAAAAGCUCCUGAGUGAGGCAGUAGGACAUCUGCAGGGCCUGCCAGUACCAAGCGAUGGGCACCUUGUCUUGGUGCUAGACAAGGACUUGCAGAAGCUGCCAUGGGAAAGCAUGCCCAGCCUCCAGACACUGCCUGUCACCCGGCUGCCCUCUUUCCGGUUUCUGCUCAGCUACUCCAUCGUCAAAGAGUCUGGGAUUUCAUCGGUGCUGAGCCAAGGGGUAGACCCGCAGAGAACCUUCUACGUCCUGAACCCUCACAAUAACCUGUCAAGCACAGAGGAGCACUUCCGAGCCACUUUUAGCAGUGAAGCUGGCUGGAAAGGGGUAGUCGGGGAGGUGCCGAGCCCCAAACAGGUGGAGGCAGCCCUGACAGAGCAUGACUUAUACAUGGCAUGGGGCUGGUGCCCGCUUCCUUGAUGGGCAGGCCGUCCUGCGGCAGAGCUGCCAGGCAGUGGCCCUGCUGUUUGGCUGUAGCAGCGCAGCCUUGGCUGCACAUGGAAACCUGGAGGGAGCCGGCAUCGUGCUCAAGUACAUCAUGGCCGGCUGCCCCUUGUUUCUGGGUAAUCUCUGGGAUGUGACCGAUCGUGACAUUGACCGCUACACAGAGGCUCUGCUGCAGGGCUGGCUUGGAGCGGGCCCAGGGGCUCCCCUUCUCUACUAUGUUAACCAGGCCCGCCAGGCUCCCCGUCUCAAGUACCUUAUUGGGGCUGCACCUGUAGCCUAUGGCUUGCCUGUCUCUCUGCGGUGACCCCUUGGAGCUGUCUUAUUCCUGAUGGAAGCUAUGUAACUGCUGACCUCCAAUUAAAUAAUCCUUAGAAUAAAUAUUUUAAAGAUUUUUUUCCCCAGUGUUUUAUAUAAAACAUUUCCUUUUGAUUUAAUCUCAAUAUAAUAAAGAUACAU